UGUUUGUGUUGUGUCCAUUGAUCUGAUUAGAAUGGAAAAGGCGUCUAUGUGAAAGCUCUUUUUUCAGGCUAAGAUAGCGUCAGAUCAGAAAAUCACGUGACACACACUUAAAAUGGCAGAGUUAGAGGAUGAGUUGAUUGGAGAAGAUUUAGAUUAUGAGUAUGAUCUAGAUGAGGAGGAGGAAGAAGCCCUCCUUGCUGGUGAAACACAAGAGGUUGAAGAAGAUAUAAUUGAGUUACGUGUGGAGGAUGAGUUUGAAGAUGAUGAUGGUCAGAUGGGCAUGUCUCACUCCUCCAAUGUUCAUUCAUUGCAGACAUCAAAUGCUGUAUAUGAAAGGGAUAUUGAGGAUAACUAUAAUGAUAAUUCCCUGAAUGAUGAGUCCCUUAACAUAGAAACCCAAAAUAUUUUAGAAGAGGAGGAGGAAGAAGAGGAAGAGGAGGAGGAGGAAGAUGAGGAAGGAAGGAGUCGUGACCGUUUCAAGAGCGAAAGAUCCAAGAUAUCAUUGUCCAACACAACUGUGGAGCGAACCAUUCCAGACUCUCUAGACAAAGUGAAAGUGGAGAAGACAGAUGUCAUAGACCAUUCUAGAGGACGUGGUGGCUUUCGGGGCUGUGGCCGAGACAGAGGACGAGGCGGGGGACGAGGUGGCCAAAUGGGGGGAUGGCAGAGAGGGGGACCAAGAGGUGGGCAUCGAGGUGGGCACAGAGGGGGACCCAGAGGCUUGAUGUCGCAACCAGGAAACAGUGCAUGGGGCGGCCCAAGAUUCCAGAUCCAGCCGUGGGAGCGUCCACCCCUGUUGAUGAAUCCCCAGAUGCGACCAGGCAUACGACAGGGUAUUCCCAACAUGCAGAUGCAAAGGGGUGGCCCUCCUAACAUGGGUCGUCCACAGCUGCCCCUGGUGUCGUUACCUGGGGGAAUGCCAGACAGGCCUAAUGCACUCUUGGGCAAUCCCCCUAAUGUUGGAGGGUUCCCACGUCUUCCGCUGGGAAAUGUAGGUUUGUGGAGCGCUGCAGUCGUGCCAUGUGGAGCCGGUGCAAUACUAUCACAGCUAGUCAAUCAGGCGCAAAUUGAAAAUGACUUGAGGUCGUCUCUCAAGAGACGUUCUGAUGGGGAACCUAUGAACAACUCGCCACCCAAACACAUGAGAAUAAAUCAGCCAAAAUUGAGCAACCAACAGUCUGUUGCAUGGAAAAAACUCAACAAUGCAGUGAAUAGACAGCGAGGAGGUAUGGCUAAGAAAGGCCCUAUAUCUAGUCGACUUUCUAUGCCUGCACCAAAUGCCAAUCCAAAUUUGACAACCAUCAAGACUGUAGACAUUAAGCCUGUUCAGCAAAAUCAGGCAAACAGGGCACAAAGAGGUCAGGGGAGGAGGGAGCCAAAUGCCCAGAAUCAAAAUGAAGGUAACAAGCAGUCUGAGAAAGGAGCCAGUGAAGCUGACAAAGGAAAAGAGGCAAAUGACCAGGAUCAAAAGAUGGAAGAUCCCAACGAAGAUAAGGAGACACGAGAGUACCGGCUGAAACUGCAAAAGCAAAAAGAGCUGAGGGAGCAGAUCCUUGCCAAAAAAGAAGCCAGAAGGAAGGCAGCCGCAGCUAUCAAGGCCUCAGAGCUCGCCAGCAAAAAGGCAAGGGAAGAAAAGGAGAACAACAAGAAGGCCGAAGAUCAAAAGAAGAAGGAGCAGCACCCCUUCCAACAACCUCCACCGCCACAGCCAGGGCAGAUGGAUCGGAAAGGGUUCAAAGGUGGGCCAAAUCAACAUCAGAUACGACCAAACCAGCCGGGCAACCCACGCUUACCCGCUCCUCACCCAAAUCAGAACAGACAGCGAUUCAAUAGGCCACGGAUGCCUCCCCCUCUGAUGCCAGAAGGGCCACGUGCUCACCACAACCAUCAGCCUCCUUUCCGUAGACAGUCUCCUCCGCCUCUUGAUCGACAUCACCAUCGGCCAGAUGCUCACCAUCACCCCAGUCCAAUCAGGACACCACCUCCCUUAUUUAGUGAACCACCACCCCUUCAUAAUGUGGAUUCAGGUUUCCAACAAGAUGGAAUAAGACCACCCUAUUACGGCCCACACAGUAAUUCAGGGCAGCAGCCUUUGCAUCAUGUCCUGCCGCAAGAGAUGCAACCUCACCACCAUGGCCCUCCUCCCCAGCGGCACAUCCCACCCCCACAUCCCCCACCACCCAUUCACAACCAGCCACCACCCCACAUGCAGCACCCACCACCUUCUCACCCUCCACCUCUUCAGCAUCAUCCUCCUCCACACCAGCCACCUUCUGAUAUGCAGCACAUACCUGGACGACCUAACAUGCCUCCACCCCACCAUCAUGGACCUCCACAUUUGCAGGGUCCACCUCAUAGACCCUCCCAUCCACCCAGCCACGGCCCACCCCAUGCACAUCCCCCGGAUCUGAACCAGAGGCCACCAGUUUCCCAGGGCCAACGUGACCAGUACCACCAUCAGGGUGAUUCCUUCCCACCAAGAGGGCCUCCUCCGUUGCCUGCUCACCAUGAAUCAGUGGGAGGACAACGAGACUACAGGGAAAGCCAUCGGUUUACAGAGCCUCCUCCAUCUUGGGAGGAACCCCAUCACAUGUAUAAUGAAUAUAAUGAAGGCUAUAAUGAGCCUAGAGUGGACUCCUAUGAAAGGGAUGAUUACUAUCACAAAAACCAGUAUCAAGAGGAGCCUCCCUACCAGGACUCCUAUUAUGAUCAGCCAUACUCUGAGCCACCACCAAAGUAUGAAGAAGAAUACGAAAGGCCUCGAGGCAGGGAGGAGUACCCUCAAGAGCAGUACCCAGAAGAAUCAUACCAAGGAUAUGACCAGCCUGAACAGCAGGAGAAUUAUAGGCCAGCUGCUAGGAGCAGGGAUGUCAGAAGUCGCCUUGGAGGAAGAGUCACAGUUGGCCAAAAUCCACAUCAUCUGCAGGUUAAAGUUGUCCAGAAUCUCACAGAAGAAGCAGAGUCUCCACCAGCACAACCCCAAAUUGGACAGAAAAUACAAACUGUGCAACGGCAGCAACCAGCACGCUCACGUAAAUACAAAAGGAUCACAAGGAAGAACAUGAAAGGAGAAGUUAUUUCAGUUAAAAAGAUUCCGGUUGAUGAACACGGCAAUCAAAUUGGACCUCCAGUCACAGAAUUUGAAGCCAAUGAUUCUUAUAUAGAGAGCACAAAUACUGCUGCUUCGGUGUCUAGCAAUCAACAGCAGCGAGUGCCAGUUGUGAAGACAUUACGUCAAAUAGUUAGGAAAGUACCAGCAAAUCGACAGCAAACACAGCAGCAGCAGCAGCAAGUGCCACCAGCAACUCAGCAACAGGUCAAGCUAAGAGAAAUUCCACAAGCUGAUCAGAGCAAAGCACAGACUCAGCAGGGCAAAAUUGUAAAGAGAAUGGUUGUGUCCACUGGGGAUGUAUCGUCGCAGUCAAAUCAAGCAGGACGUCGCAUUGUGACAACUGGAGCCCCAAAAGGGAAUAACAGCAGCAGCAAUACUGUCCACAGACCAGGAAGCGGUAUCCGGAGGGUGAUCACACAGACGCCAGCAUCACAGACAGGAAACACAGAAGGGUACCAUACUGUCCAUCUGUGUGAUCUACCGACCAAUCUCACAUUAACAGACAUUACUCAGAUGGUGAACAGUGCAGGAGUUGGGCAGCCUUUGGGUGUAGACUAUGUGUCAGGGUCAAGAGAGUGUGUCAUAACAUUCCAUCAGUCAGAGGUUGCUGCUAAGUUUUACCAGAAAAUAAAUCGCAGAAUGGUGAACAUGUCAUUUAUAAGGGCUAAGAUAUACUGAGAUUUUGCAUAUGAUAGUUGUUAGAAUGAAUUUCCUGUUCUGUGUGAUUGCAGCUAUGAAAGAUAUUGUUGUGAAGGUAGUCAAAAGGUAGUCGGAUUCCUCUGAAGACUGCAUUAUGAAAAGAACUAUUUUCUUACAUUGACCAAUUCAGACUUGUGCAAUUUGAGACUUUAUUUCUUUGCAUUAUUCUAGACUAGUUAAACAAAGUGACAGUGCUAAUGUCUAAAGUUAAUCUCUUAUUCUUAAAGGAGGUCAGUUUGUCUGAAAUUUAAUUGGCAGUUUUUAUAAUAUUUUAUCAUAACCUAAACAUUUGAAAAAGCAUAUUUGUAUGCAGACUACCUGAAACACAUUUCCAAAAGUGUGCUGUGUAAAAUAAUUUCACAGCUAAUGGGGCAGAAGUUGUCUUUGAUUUGAAUAUAUUUCAGUAAGCAUUGUUUGUUUGAUAAUACAUUCACCAUCAUAGAUACAUAAGCAUCACAGGCACGCACAGGGGAGCAUGCGCAGGAAAAAAAUCACUCAACACACACACACACACACACACACACACACACACACACACACACACACACACACACACACACACACACACACACACACACACACACUACACACA